AUGUCUCUCAUUCGACUACCUCCUGAGCUUCUCACACUGAUCAUCCAAGAUUUGAGUCUUCGCGAUCUUAAUGCGGUCGUACAAUGUUCUGCGUUAUGGUGGGCUGCGAAUCACGGCUCUUCAGGGACCCUCCAGCGCUUCAUCGAUGCUGGAGCAAACUUAUGCUGGGAGUCAAAUUAUUGGUCUCGCUCAGGGGCCUUCCCGAGAGCCAAGCAUUUCCGAUACCUUAAGUUCCGCGACGGACUGAACGAGUUGGCAAGGCAUCCCAUCUCAAAUGCUACCAAACGUGGUCACACUGCCGUUGUGGCUAAGUUCCUUGACAAUGGGGUCAAUGUAAAUCAUAAGAAUCGCUUUGGCCGGAGCCCGCUUGCACUGGCAGCAGGCGGUGGUCAUUUUGACACGGUCAAGAUGCUUCUUAGCCGCGGCGCCUGUCUUCUUUCAGUCGACUUGGACGGUCGUCGACCUAUCACAUACGCAGCGCGCGAGGGACAUGAUGACAUUGCGGAUUAUCUGCUUGACAAAUUUCGGCACCGGUACCCGCGUCUACAUCUGACUGCCAAAGCCGAUAUUCAAAUACUGCUACAACACGCGGCACGACGAGGAAACGAGACACGAGUGAUGCAUCUUCUUUUCAACGAAGGCGCUGAAAUUAACUUUCAGUUUACCGUAGAAAGUCGGACUCCAUUAUAUGACGCGGUUAAAAGCGCCCCUGUCAGUAUGGUUCGGCUCCUCCUAGAGAACGGGGCCGAUCCAAAUGCCCGAGAAUCACCCGACAAGUUUAGAAACGGCGGUCGCGCUUUGACCCCCUUGUGCCUGGCCGUCGGCAGGGAGGGUAGUUAUGAGGUAAUCCAGCUGCUACUGCAGUAUGGGGCUGAUGCCGGCGCAGACAGCAAAUCGGCUCUGUAUGCUGCGGCGGAAGCAGGAAAGUCGGAUGAAUUCUUUCUUUUUGUGCAAAGUGGUGCAAAAAUUCGAGAUGUUCAAGGAGGACUGAUGCGUGUGGCGCAGAAGUCGGAGUGUGAGCCCAUCACAAGUUACCUGCUUCAACAAGGCGCAAACCCUAACCCUCGUCGAAGGAUCUGUGGUUGGUAUAGGCACCGGCGACCUCAACCAGGUUCAAUUAGAGCCCUUGAGAGGGAGAUUUUCACCGAGUUGAUUAGGGCCGAUUUUUCUAAAAAUAAUAUGGUAGCGAUACUUGAGUUGUGUAACCAUGUCAUGGUCGAAUAG